AUGGAUGAUAAUCCAAGUUCGUCGUCGUCUUCUGCAGGCCGACUUCGGGCUCUUCUGCCAGGCCCAACUCCUGAAGGAGGCUCACCCAGGCCUCCACCCAAGCUGAAUAUACCCAAGAGAAUAUCUGUCAAGACUGCAUGCCAGGCUUGCAGACAACGCAAAGCUAAAGUUUGCAAUGGCCAAAGACCAAGGUGCUCUGGCUGCAUUACUGCUGGGAGAGAAUGUCACUAUGCCAGCAACCACUACGAAGCCGAGGCUGCAGCAUUGAAACGAAAGCACGAUGAACUAAAAGAAAGAAUCGUUGAUCACGAGAGCCUUUACUCUUCCCUCAAGACCAGAGAGCCGCAUGAGACAGACGAGAUACUGCGGAGAAUACGAGCCGGAAAGGACGUCAAAGGCGUUACUGAAGACCUUCAGGGAGGGACUUCAGCCGCUCCCACGUCUCGGAAACAGGCAAAUCCUCUUCUGCGAAGCAAUAGCGACAAUACUACAAACAGCGCUACAACAUCCGGAAGCGCCAGCUCCCCAACAUUCUCAGCGACACGCGUGAGCCUUUCCCAACCUCAACAGCAGACACGGACCGGACUCACAGCUUUAAACGACCAACCUGGCAGCCUAUUUGAGGCAGCCUGGCGAGAACCUCAGGGCAGAGCCCCUGACGACUCUGCAUCCAUUGAUCUCCAAGGGCAUAUACUCCCUUUUUCGCGAUGGACCAACGUCAUACAAGAUGACAAGUUUCUAAGCCACUUGCUACUAUUGUUCUGGACGUGGGACACAUCAUGUAACCGUAUUAUCGACCGUACUAUCUUCGAAGACGACCUAAAGAACCUCGACCCAAAGGUAACAGGCGUGCCCUCAGCACUGCGAUUCUGCUCACCAUUUCUCGUCAAUGCCAUUUUGGCCGUUAGUUGUCUAUAUACGACGAAUCCGAUUACAUUCAGCAUACCAGACGAACUCAGUACCCGAGGACAGGUAUUCGCCCAAGAAGCCAUCCAGUGUCUGAAGCAGGAAGACACAAGGCCUUCAUUACCGGUGGCACAGGGUCUGGCACUUAUGUAUGUGUAUGAAGGCGCCCUAGGCAACGGAGAAACGGCGCUCGAGUUCCACAGGCUUAUGCAGUCGCGGUACUUGGCGCUGAGACUUGAUGAUAUUUAUCGUUCUACGGAUACUGCUAUUGCGGGUUCGAGACAGAGGGCCGAAGCGCAUGCGUUGUCUUGGAUACAAUGGGGUUUCUAUGUUUGGGACUGGAAACCAAUGCAUGGCCUAUGCCGUCGUCUCGUUAUCAAGAAGCCUGCACGAGAUAAAACGUGGCAAGAAGAAAACUCACCGGUGAAUAGAACCGAGAACCCAGAGUAUUGGUGGUUCUCAUAUCCUGUUUCCGUAGCACCCCGGCGGUCGAUGAAGCGUGAGAUAUUCGAGGCCGAAUGUAACUUUACCGAAAUAACAGAGCAGGUUCUCGAGUUCCUCAUUCCCUUGGAGCAGGGAGUUCCACCAUCUCGAAAUACCGGACGUGCUGUAGAGUUGUACUCUAAAAUCAUGGAGUGGAAGUUCUCCUUGCCGGAGGAGCUAAGGGCUGAGAAUGCGGUUCUUCCCGCUGCUAUACUACUACAUCUAAGCGCGGAUCUCGUAUUAAUCAGCGUUCUUCAACCCUUCGACCGUAUUCCCAAAUCGGUCUUCGGCCCCUUCAUUCCACGUCUUACCUCCUACGCCCAUGCAACAAACGCCAUGUCAACGAUCUGGCACUUCCGCGCUCUAUACACGAUCCAUAACGAACACUGGCUUAUCCAAGCAUGCUCCGUCUGCGCCUUCAAAGUCCUGUUCGCCAUUGAAGAGAGCCCUAUCCAACUCGAAACAUUCAUAAAAGCGUGCCGAGCCCUCAUGGAGCUCCGAGAAGCGUUCCCUGUCGCGGAAGAAGUCAUAUACGCUAUUGAAACAGUGGUAAAGAACAAGGAGGUAAAUCUACCUUCGUAUGCGAGGGAGUAUAUGCCUAACCGUGCUGGAGAUGGUGUGGGAGACCUGAAGGGUGUCAGGGUAAGGGAUCACAGUGUUAUUGUUGAGAAGGCUAGUUCGGAUGGUAGUGAAGAUCGGUUGACUUUGACGGGUCUGCUUUCAACAUUGACUCCUAGUGAAACGGGACUGUAUUAG